AUGUAUUUGUCAAGUUUCCUGUCACUUCACGCCCUCUGGGUUACCGUGUCCUCUGUGAUGCAGCACUACCCUUCUGUAUGGGGACAUUAUGAUGUGUGUAAGACUCAGAUUUACACAGAAGAAGGAAAAAUAUGGGAUUACAUGGCCUGCCAGCCAGAAGCCAGAGACAUGAUCAAAUACGUGAAAGUGACGCUGGAUCCUCCAGACAUAACGUGUGGAGAUCCUCCCGAGACUUUCUGUGCAAUGGGGAAUCCCUACAUGUGCAAUAACGAAUGUGAUGCAAGUACCCAGGAACUGGCUCAUCCUCCAGAACUGAUGUUCGAUCUUGAAGGAAGACAUCCCUCCACGUUUUGGCAGUCCACAACUUGGAAAGAUUACCCAAAGCCUCUUCACGUUAAUAUUACACUUUCCUGGAACAAAACCAUUGAGCUAACAGAUAACAUUGUUAUCACUUUUGAAUCUGGCCGUCCAGACCAAAUGAUCCUGGAGAAAUCACUUGACUAUGGACGAACAUGGCAGCCCUAUCAAUACUAUGCUACAGACUGCUUAGAUGCUUUCCAUAUGGAUCCAAAAUCGGUGAGGGAUUUAUCACAGCAUACAGUCCUGGAAAUCAUUUGCACAGAAGAAUACUCUACUGGGUACAUGACAAACAGUAAAAUUAUCCACUUUGAAAUCAAAGAUAGAUUUGCCUUUUUUGCUGGACCUCGGCUUCAUAACAUGGCUUCUCUUUAUGGCCAGCUUGACACAACCAAGAAAUUAAGAGAUUUCUUUACUAUCACAGAUCUGAGGAUAAGACUGCUUAGGCCAGCAACUGGAGAAAUCUAUGUAGAUGAACAACACCUAGCACGCUACUUUUAUGCCAUUUCAGACAUAAGAGUAUACGGAAGGUGUAAGUGCAAUCUUCAUGCUACUGGCUGUAAAGAAGAAAACAAAAGACUACUUUGUGAAUGUGAGCAUAACACAACUGGCCCAGACUGUGGAAAAUGCAAGAAAAAUUACCAGGGCAGACCGUGGAGCCCUGGUUCUUAUCUGCCUAUACCUAAGGGCACUGCUAAUAUCUGUAUACCCAGUAUUUCCAGUAUUGGUAAUCCUCCAAAGUUUGAUAGGAUAUGGCCGAAUAUUUCUUCCCUUGAGGUUUCUAAACCAAACCAAGUUGCUCCCAAAUUAGCUAUGUCAACUGUUUCUUCUGUUCAAGUUGCAAACCACAAGAGAGACUGUGAAUGCUUCGGGCACUCCAACCGGUGCAGUUACAUCGAGCUGCUCAAUACGGUCAUUUGCGUGAGCUGUAAGCACAACACUAGAGGUCAGCACUGUGAGUUAUGCAGGCUGGGCUACUUCAGAAAUGCUUCUGCAGAGCUGGACGAUGAAAAUGUGUGCAUAGACUGUUAUUGUAACCCUUUUGGUUCAGUCCAUGAUCGCUGUAAUGACAGAGGAUUUUGUGAGUGUAAGGAGGGAACAUCAGGGCCUAAAUGUGAUAAAUGUCUGCCGGGAUAUAUCUGGCACAGCUUGGGCUGUCAACCAAAUGUGUGUGACAAUGAACUCCUGCACUGCCAGAACGGAGGGACGUGCAUCAACAACGUGCGAUGCCAGUGCCCUCCAGCCUACACUGGCAUUUUAUGUGAGAAGUUGAAGUGUGAAAGGGAUCCAGGAGGCUGCAGUCAAAACUCCGGCCAGGGGGCAAUAUCACACAGGCCUCUGUUACUGCUGACUGCUCUACUAGGAGCAACUGGACUCUGCAUAUGCUAG